AUGAUGGCAACGGGCAAGGGAGUGGGAAAUGAAACUAAGGCAGCAUCCAAGGCUGGAGGAGUCGAAACUGAAACGGGUCCUGCAUUAGGAAUCGCAAAUGGAGGCUUGCAAGUGAUUGUUUUGGGACCGUCAGGAGGCCCAUGUGAAGAUAACAUUACUGGGAUGCUGGUUCGUUCGACCUCUGCGAGUUGGGGACCCGAUUCGAUGAUCGCAGUCGACGCCGGCACCCUUUUAUGUGGGUUAAAGUACGUUCUAGAGACCAGUGACGACAAUGGGCCAUUCGCCGGUAUGGUUAUGCCCUACAAAACAGCCAAGGCAAAUGCAGCACACAUCCUACGAGAAACUGUCGGACCCGUCCUAGUCACACAUGCCCAUCUUGACCAUAUCUCGGGGUUUGUCGUAAACACACCGAUUCUGGAAGCCUCAAGCGGUCCCAAACGCUUGACUGCGUUACCGUCAGUCAUCGCCGCCUUCAAAGAGCACAUGUUUAAUGAGGUACUAUGGCCAAAUCUCACCGACGAGGAUGGUGGAGCAGGUCUCAUCACUUUCCAACGCUUGGUGGAAGGGGGCAACCCACACAUGGGCCGAGAUGAAGAGAAGGGCUAUGUACGCGCUUGCGAGGGAUUGAUGACUCGGUGCUUUGCCGUAAGCCAUGGGCGAUGCAAACAGGGGUAUCAGCAACAACACACCACGUCAACGCCUGAUAUAAAUCCCCGUCGCUUGAGCAUGCCAUCGUCAGCAGACCCCACAAUGUUCCAGCUAGAUGACCCAACGCUCUCCAUGCCGUCACUCUCACCGGCGACGGGACAAGCGCCAUCUUCGCAGUCUCCGCGGGAAGUAUAUGGGACGGUCGAAAGCUCGGCAUUCUUCAUUCGUGAUCAUCCUUCAGGCAAAGAAAUAAUAAUAUUCGGGGACAUUGAGCCAGACUCGGUAUCGGUCCAUCCGCGCAACCGUCGUGUCUGGGAACAAGCCGCACCAAAGAUUAUUUCCAGCGCUUUGCGCGCUAUUUUCAUCGAGUGUUCUUACGAUGACUCCGUUUCUGACGAGUACCUAUACGGCCAUCUUUGUCCACGCCACUUGAUAGCGGAACUUAAGGUCCUGGCCCAAUUGGUCGCCAAAAUAAAGCAUGGAGCAGACCGCAAACGCAAGCGUGUCCCGUCGCCAACCGAAGAAGGGCCCCUGGACGAACCUACCAGCAGCAAGCAGAGGAAAGGGAGAACAAGAUCUCAGUCACAUGCGAAAGACACACCGCGCAAAGGCAGACCAAGUACUGUCACGUUUGUUGACAAACCUAGCAGCCCCCUUGUUGCUGGUGGUGAAGGCCCUGAUGAAACGGAUGACGGCAUUGGGUGGUCAGAGAAGGAGAAACCUUUGGAAGGGCUGACCAUCUUCCUCAUUCACAUUAAAGAUGAUAUGAGUGAGGACGAGCCGGUCGCCGAUCGGAUAUUGAAUGAAGUCACGAAUUUGGCAAUUACAGAGAAUCUAGGGUGCCAGAUUCGCGUUCCCUGCCGUGGUGAGAAUAUCUUAAUUUAA